AUGGGUCGAGAGGAAGACCAGGGACCGCUUCCAACUCCCACCAGUCCAGAAUUUGAAAGAGAGGGCGGAAGAAGGGUAGAGGUUGUUGGUAAAUUAGACCAGAUGGGAGGUUCUGAAGAACUGGUUGAAGAACACCAGGAACAACAUGUUCAUCCACGGACUCCAGAGGAAGAACAGAGCUUUGGCGAAGAAAGCUUAUACUUGAGUGCAAUUAGUUCUUAUGGGGCAGGAUCUGCCUAUGGAGAAGGUUUUUCUAGCAGUAUUUUGUCUACUAUUGAUGAGUCGAGUGGAGAGCUAGGUGAUAUACUGUCAUACCGAAUUUAUGAAGAAGAGGAGGGUCUGGUCCAGGAAGAAGGACUAGAGUUGUCCUUUUCAGAGGAAGCCAUACCAGAAGAGGAGCAUGUGUUCUUUGCAUUAGGGGAUGCUACCACAGAAGAUUUAGAGGAUGUUGUUCCAGAGGGAGACUAUGAAGACUCUGGUUCUGAAGAAGUUUCAGACGACGAAGAAGAAGAAGAACAAGAGGAGGAGGUCUUUCCAGAGGUAGAUUCAGAGGACGAAAAAGACGACAACACCUCAACCACAGAACAAGGUAACGCUUCUUCCCAAAGAGACCCAGAGGAAUAUGCCAAUGAACGGAUUGACCUUAUUGAAGCCCUCAUGGAGCCUCCACCUCCUCAUAUUGAUGAUAUCCAUAGAGCAUGGGUGGACCGUACCGAAGCAGAGGCUCUUGAAUUGAGUAUCACCUUCAACAACAGCGGCGGCAUAAACGUCUUCGAAUUGUCAGAUCUCGUAACUGAAAGUUCUUCAGGUAACUCUCUGGAUGAAGCCUAUGAUGGUCCUAUGGAAGAUAUCCUUUCAGAAACCGAACCCUCGCAUAGCACCCAUUCAGAGAUCCCUCAUUCAAUCUACUACCUACAGCAAUUCGGUCGCUUACUAGCCUUCUUGGACUGGUUAUUCCAGGGGAUCUGGAAACUGUGGUUGAUGCUAAUCCUUAGAAGCCUCAUCAAGAAGAUUCACAUGAAGGAGCAUUUGGCCAACUUGGGAAGUACAGCGAGACGGUACCACAGUAACAUCAAGACAUUUGUUGACGUCUGUGUGGGUACCGUAGGGUUGGCCCUUCCCCAAUUGAACACUUUUGCGUUAUGGCUCAUUAACAAGGAUAAGCCCAUUAUGGGUCUUCGUGGAGUCCGUGCCACGCCCAGCAAGCUUAGGUUACGUACGCCAGCCAGCGUGUUGCUUGGAACCACAAAGGACGGGUUUCUCAGAAACAUGGCCUCCAGAGCAAGGUUGCUUCGUGAGAGAGGAGCAAGAGAGUGGAAGUAG